AUGAAGUGCCUCGAUACUUUCCUUUUAAUAGUGACCUUAGCUAUUGGAGCCACCGCGGAGGCUUCCGUACGGACAUGUGAACCCAUUAAAGUGGCGAUGUGCAAGAACAUUGGUUAUAAUCAGACUGGAAUGCCGAAUUUAGCUCGGCAUACAUUACAAGUGGAAGCAGAUGUGACUCUUCAGACUUACAGUCCCUUAGUCCAAUACGGAUGUUCAUCUCAGUUGCAUUUGUUCCUCUGUUCCGUUUAUGUCCCAAUGUGCACAGACAAGGUUGCCUUGCCGAUCGGACCGUGUAGAGGUCUUUGUGAGAGUGUCUACGAAAGAUGUUAUCCCGUCUUGAGAGGGUUUGGAUUUCCCUGGCCUUCGGAGCUUGACUGUUCACUGUUCCCGGCUGAAAAUAAUCAUGAACAUAUGUGCAUGGAAGGACCAGGCGAGCGCGUGCCGCCUAUUGGUACUAUCCCUUUGGACACGGCAACAACAAAUGGCAGAGGCGCUUGUCGACGACUUGUGAAACCAAAUAGCUGGGUGUGGGUUAGAGGGUCUGGUCGUUGUGCACAGUUUUGUGAUGCGGAGGUACUUUGGGAGGCCGGAGAGCGUAAAGCAGCCGAAGUUUGGUUGGCGACAUGGGCGGCGUUAAGUUUUGCAUGUACGCUGGCAGCUGUUGGAGCCCAGUUGGCUUGUGGGGACAGAGGAGGGGCCGGUGAACGAGCGCUAGUCCUCGUGGCCCUGUGCAGGUGCGCUGCAGCAGCGGGCUGGGGUGUCCGGGCCGCAGCGGGCCGCUCUGCCGCUGGGUGUGCCAAGGACUCCAUGUCCCCAACUCGCAUGCUGCUAGCUCACGAUGGCUUAGCUAAUCCUAACUGCGCUGUCGUGUUUCUGCUGUUAUAUUACUUCGGUCUGGCAGCAUCCGUUUGGUGGGUGGUGGCAGCUGGCGCGUGGCGGGCCAGCGUUCUCCGACCGCCAGCAAGCCCUGUCUCCGCUCGCAACGACCGACACUCCUCUCUGCUGCAGCUAGCAGCUUGGGGUGUACCAGCCGCUUUAGCUGCAGCCGUGCUGGUCACAAGAGAUGUAGAUGCUGAUGAACUUACGGGUACGUGUUUCGUGGGGAAUCAGUCGAGCAAAUCUUUGCUGGCUUUAGUCAUCAUUCCUGAAGCUAUUUGCUUGCUACUUGGCAGCGUGUUCUUAGCGUCGGGACUUCGUGCUAUCCUACAGCGUUCCCCGCCUGUGCCAGCACCUGCGGCGCUUUUAAAUGCGCCACCCCAACCGCAUACAGAUCAAAGCUUACUAAGAUUAGGAACGUUUGCAGCGCUUUACGCCGUUCCAUCAACCUGCAUAUUGAUCACUUGGAUAUACGAAUACACAUGGCGUGACGAUUGGUUAGCUGCUCCUGUUCCAUCAACAGAACCAUCAACUCAACCUCGUCCAGCGUUCUGGGUGUUUUUAUUCCGAAUUUUUGCGACACAAAUUUUGGGCGUUAUGGUUGCUGUUUGGAUAGCGACGCCCCGCUUGAAAGCAUUUUGGAAAAGGAUUUCAGGGCCUAGAAAGCCUACACUCGCGAAGUGUCCUACGGGUCCAGCGCCUGCUCCGUUAACUUUACAAUGCUACGCCGCUCACUCUCACAGUCUGCCUCGACACCCACACAAAUAUUCCACAUACAGACCGCCGCAACAUCAAUCAUACAGAAAGCCUCGGCAUUAUCAUUAUUCAGCUGGUGAAACUAUUCUAUGA